AUGGCACAUCCCUACGAUGCCAAGACGACACACAUGGUCGUCGACAAUCUUCAAGCUAGGCUGAAUGCAUUUGUCGCAGAGCUACGACAACUCAAAGAGCAUAUAGUGUCCCUGAACAAAGAGCCAGUCAUCGGUCUGGACCGUCUGCUGGACGCAAAUGAGAAAGCCCUAGCUCCUGGCAUCUUUGGCAAGAGAUUUCGCCAGGUCGCGCGCAACAAUCUCGACUUCGACUCGAGGCUUUGGAACAUAGUGAAGCGAUGUCGCGGUUUAGUUGCCCUGAAACAGAACUACCGCCCCGACUGGAACUUUGUGCUCGAACGGCCCGCAGAGACACGCGCAAUCGCUGAUCACCAGCACGUACAAGUCGACGCCGUCGUGGACGGAGGUGCAACCUGGAUCCGGUUACUCGCGAUUUCCGAGCAAAGACUUCUUUCAGAGCUAGCCGACUCGGGCGCCUGGGAUUUUGACGGCGAUUCGGCGGCUGGAUCUAGCGACGAGUAUUCUGAUUCCAAACCUCUCUCAUGUCAUUGUGGACAUGAUUGCGAUUCCUUCAAGACUUUCCGCAAAGCAAAUGCGGUUGUCCUGGCCGCAAGGAACCAGAGGUUCAAGUACCGCCACCCGCGUGUGCACAUCCUGCUUCCCAAGCUGGAAGAGGGCAAGAUUGAGCAGAUUGACCGCGCCAUAGAGCGAAUCCGCCUGCUCGGGGACGACAAUGUCACUGUUGUCGUUGAUUGUGGCAACAGCGCUUUUCUCCGGGGCGCGCACAAUCCGCCUCCCCUUUUCCGCGUCCUUUCAACUCUCGUGUUUGAUGAGCUCCGAGAUAUCACCUCGACGGUCAAUCUCGACAUUUCAUGGCUUAUAGCCCUGACCUCAGACCUCUCCCAUGAGCGAUCAUCGAAACCGUUCGCCAGUAGCUCCCUCAGCUUGUCCGUCGGCGACGCCAAAACCCCAGCUGCUAUCCGAGAGGCUUGCGGCCGCAGUCUCUGUAAGACUCUAUACCCAACACUGGCUGGGCACAGGCUCAUCUGCACCCGCAGCGCCGCUGAGAGGGUCUGGACGAUUGCGAAGACGCUUGCAACCCCCACAGAACUGGAGCGACUCCGGCUUUUGGUACCUUUGACAGAGGAGGACAUGACCGCCGCCGACAACCGAGGACCCGAAGAGACACGGAGGAGACUGGGUAAUAUGUCUGUUCACAGUGUCCCCGAGAAUGUUUGCUUGCCAGUCCAUAUCGAGGAAGACAACUUUGUGCAGGAUAUCAGUAUGCUCAUCGACUUACGCAACCUGCCUAGGGUCUCUCAAGCUGUUGCUGAUAGACUGGAAGAGCCUAACCGAUCAAUCUUCUUGUUUGGCUGGUCGCAAGGGAUCACCACCUUGACAGCAAAUUCAGCCAUGGCCAACCGUAUCAAGAGGACGUUAGAGCUUAACCGCACCGGCACUCACGAACGUGGUCCUGAUGUGUUUGUCCGCUGGGUAACGAGAUCAUUCGAUGCCAGAGAGAAGCCGGAUGUUUCCGCUGGAACCAAAAGCUUUGUGGCGAGAACUUGA